AUGAGAGCCAGGAUGCCAGAGGUGUGCCAGAAAGGUUGUCCGAGCAAGCGAGCUGCACUGGCACAAAGAAAUAUUUUGAUUAAGAUUAGAUAUAGGACAGUCAGAACCUUAAUCCAUUAUAUUAGUCCACUUUUAUACAUGAUCCUCCAAAAGCAGUUUUGUAGGAUUUCAAAAACGGAAAAAAUAAAAGUUUUAGCCAUGCCCCCUGUAACAAGGAGAAAGAUGCAAGAAAAUAACAAACCGCGAGGAAAGUGUGGCGUGCUCGGUGACCCCGCGUGGCCAAGAUGGCGUCUGGUGGCUCUUGUCGCGGCCGUUCUGGCGCUCCUGCUGGCGGUGGCCCUGGCGACCUCCCUCGGCGUGCUCCUCGCCAAAACGGAGUGCGGCGCCCCACCUUUGCACGCCCUGGCCAGCACCACCUACAGGGGAACAGCGCCACCGGGUACGGAAGUCACCUACGUGUGCCCAUUUUCCCUGGUCUUCCCGAACAACGAACGGAAUUACAACAUUACUUGCUCUGAUGACUUGAGGUGGAGCGUGUCUGCCUUGCCCGCGUGUGUCCGCAGCGGGGAGCGCCACUGCACCCUGGGCGACGGACUCUCGCUCGUAACCCGGGACAGCGGCAGCGCCCUCGAGGUCGACCUCCUCCUCCGAGCUCCGGUUCCGUCCUCGAUCCUCGCAGACGUGUCCUCGGAGGAUCCACAGGGCCUGUGCUCCUACACCAAUCUGACUGCAGCCGGUGGGGACCCUGAGAGGAGUCGCCGCGGAGUGCUGGCGAGAUCUUCAGCGCCGCGAUUUUUAAUGAAUAAGGCGGAGAAGCACCUUCGUGACGAGGCCGACUAUAAGUUGUCGGUCACAGACGCCAACAUCGACCCAGGCGCGCCCUACGAGGUACGCUUAAGAGGAAUCGGAGACACAGUGGCCGUGUCUCUCCUGCAGGACACAUACAUCAGCUCAACAAUUAGAUUUCUGGAGAUCGAAACCAUCACACCGACAGCUACUCCUACAACUGCAGCUGCAAACGAGACUCCCGCGUCCACGGUACCUUCGUCUACGACAACAACUACAUUAGAGACAACCGCAGCCACACCCCCUGUAACAACCAUAACCGCAUCUGAAACAACCACGCCCACGCUUCCCACUUCUACGCCGUCCGAAUCUUUGCCGACGACCACCAUCCUCGCAUUUGCGUCCAGCACACCUCAUACUACGAUCGUCGGGCCCUCAGUCACGACAUAUGCGUCAACAACAUCAUAAAAGACCAAAUGGCGUUUUUCUCGCUUUUGGCACGUGUCUUCCAAAUUCUCUCUCUCUCUCUAUUUAUCUAUAUCUCUCUCUAUUCAUUUCUCUCUCUAUCUAUCUAUAUAUCUAUCUAUCUAUCUCUCUCUCUCUCUCUCCAUCCA